GUUUAACAUUCUUUAAUGAAAUAAAUGAAAAAAAAAAAUACAUAUUUAUUUCCAAAACUGCGUUACCCACUCUAGUCAGCAGAUGGCGAAUGGCGUCUUUCAGGCAACGCUGCCUGUGUGACGUAUAAUCUAAUGGACGGGAAGUUUAUUCAACAACCACAACUGCGACCUCGGUAGCUUUGCUAGCCAAUGUAGCAGGAACAUGUGAGCUCUUUAUACGCUUUCGGAGAUUAUUAGCCACUGUUUUAAACACACUUCUGCCAUAUCUACUAGUUACCCCUGUUCAUAUCAAAUGUACGUCAGCUAGCUGUCUGGUUAAGGUAGCACUAGGCUAAUCGCUAAUGCUAACAUCCCCGACCAUGAGUUCAACAAGCUGCUACCCCCUGCUAAAGAGGAGGACUGCUGGACGGAGAAAGAAGGAGGAAAAGGCUGUCACAGUUAAACAAGAAAUAAAGGACGAGGCUGUUACAGUGAAAGAGGAAGACGUUUCAGUGAAAGAGGAGGCGGAAGUUAAACAAGAGAGUGCAGUUUUUACAGUGAAAGAGGAGACGACUGUCACGGUUAAAGAAGAAGAAGACGUUUUUGGAGUGAAGGAGGGGGAGAUUACGGUCACAUUGGAGGAGGAAGAAGAACAGAAUGGAGAUCUGAUUAACACCAGAGAGACACCAGACUCAGAAGAACCAGAGCAAGAGACGUCUGAACCAGCAAGACGACACCACUGUUCCUACUGUGGAAAGAGUUUUACCCAAUUACGGACACUGAAGGUGCAUGAAAGAAUACACACAGGAGAGAAGCCUUACCAAUGCUCCCAGUGUGGAAAGAGAUGUUCACAGUUAAGUUGCCUGAAAUCACACGAGAGAAUACACACAGGAGAUAAGCCUCACAAAUGCCUUCAAUGUGGUAAUACUUUUAAGUGGUUUAGUAACCUGAAGGAACAUCAAAGAGUACACACAGGGGAAAAGCCUUACCACUGUUUCCAUUGUGAAAAGCAUUUCAGCUGGGUAAGGCAACUGAAAGAGCAUGAGAGAACACACACCGGAGAGAAGCCAUACCAAUGUUCCCAGUGUGGAAAGAGUUUUACCCAGUUCGGGAGCCUGAAAAUACAUGAGCGAAUACACACAGGCGAAAAACCUUUCCAAUGUUGCCAGUGUGGAAAGAGUUUUAACCGGUUAGGUAACCUGAAAUCACAUGAGAGGACACGCAAAGAAGAAGAGCCCCAUCACUGCUCCCAGUGUGGAAAAUGUUUUACCUCAUCAGGCUUCCUGAAGAUUCAUGAGCAAAGACACACUGGGGAAAAGCCUUUCCAGUGCUCCCAGUGUGGAAUGAAAUUUACCUGGUUAAGGCAACUGAAAUCACAUGAAAGAAUCCACACAUGAGAGAAAUGUUACGAAUGCUCCCAGUGUAGACAGAUAUUUACCCAGUUUAGGCACCUGAAAGACCGAGGUUACACACACACAGGGAGAAGCCUUACCCAUGCUCCCAGUGUGGAGAUUGAUUUUUCACAUAGUUACAAUUCAUGAGGUAACAAACACAUUGCUCCCACACU